CUCUCCACAUUAGGUGAAGCACCAUAAGCUGCCAGCCCCCCACCACCUUCCUCCCUCCUCCAGAGGCGUCACCCUUUACGCCCAAAUCAAAAGCCUACCUGGCUUCACGCGGCAGAACCCAUCAGACAACCACCACUGGCCUUUUCUUUGCCCCAUGGUGGCCCCAAGGCCCACCCUCUCACUGCUAUUGGCUGUCCUGGCCUGCUCGGGGCCCGCACGCCCCUCGCCCCCCCUGCUCCUCCGGCCCCGGGAGAGAGAGAGGGACUCGGGUGGCAUCAACAUAGCCGUAGUCCACUCUGGCUCCUCCCUGCUCCCGGAGACGGCGGCAGUGGGAGGUGUGGGGGUCGGCGAGCAGGGUCCUGGGCCCGGUCUGGGAAACGGUCCCGGAGGAGGAAAGGGCGUGACGGACACGGCCUCGGCCUCGCUGGCGGGGGUGGCCGGCAUGGCCUCGUUGUCCUCCUCCACGUCGUACCUGUCGCUGGCGGCACUCGUGGCCGAGACGGUGAUGACGCCGUCGGGUCAAGCUAACGUCAUCUACCUGGCAGUGAACGAGAGCAGUCCAGGCACUUUGCUGCUGCAGCUGUGUGAGCUGCUGGCCACUACACCUCUGCAGGGUUUGGUGUUUGAGGAGGAGCGACCGCCGCCGCCGAAUCGUGCCCCUCUGGCCCCGAUGCUGGAGUUUGUCUCGGCUCAGACAGGAGUUCCCGUUGUUGCCGUCGGGGGCGGAGCCAGUCUGGGACGGGAGCCACAGGAGAGCGGCUCAAUCUACCUCCAGUUCACCUGCUCCACCAUGCUCCAGCUCGAGGUGAUCUUCGAAGUGCUCGAGGAAUACGACUGGACGGCGUUCUCCGUCGUGACCACCCGCCACCACGGCUACGAGGACUUCCUGGCCAUGGUGGAGGGCAUGACGGACGGCUCGUUCAUCGGCUGGGAGAAGAAGAGCGUGGUGGUUCUCAAUGUGACGGACGACCCCGGCGGGGCACGGACCAAACGGCUGCUCAAAGACAACGAAGCCCAGGUGCGUCUGCUGUAUUGCUCCCUGGAAGAAGCUGAGCUGAUUUUCCGAGCAGCGUGGGCAGCGGGUCAAGCCGGACCGAGUCACAUGUGGUUUGCCGUAGGUCCGGCCCUKUCCGGGCUGGGCCUGGAGGGACUUCCGAAGGCCUUGUUUGCCAUCAGGCCUCAGGGAUGGAGGGACGAGCCCCGCAGGCGGAUCGCCAAGGGAGUUUCAGUGCUCACUCACGGUGCCAUGGCUCUGUGGAGGGACCAGGGGGCCAACAGCCGGGCGCAGUACGCUGGCAACUGCCAAAGCGACGGUAACCAGACCCACCGAGUGCCAGACCGAAUCAGGUAUUUCUCCAACAUAUCCAUUGGUGGACGAGACUAUUCCUUCAAAAGUGAUGGCUACUUGUCCAAUCCACUAAUAGAUGUCAUUUCCUACACCAACGGGAGAGGAUGGGAGGAGGUCGGUUACUGGGAAAAUGGUCAUCUACGCCUCCGUUACCAUCCCUGGUCUCGUUACAGUUUUUUCCUUAAGCCCCUGGACGACUCGCAGCACCUCAGAGUGGUCACCCUGGAGGAAAGGCCUUUUGUUAUCGUGGAGCCUGCUGAGACAGGGACCGGCUCGUGCAUCCGGGACUCCGUACCCUGUCGCAUGCCAGUUAACUCCAGUUUGGCGGUGGACGGUGCCGGACUGAUGAAGCACUGCUGCAAAGGGUUCUGCAUCGAUGUCCUGAAGCGUCUGGCUAAGAUUGUGGGCUUCACCUACGACCUUUAUUUAGUGACAAAUGGCAGGCAUGGGAAGAACAUUGAUGGGGAGUGGAACGGCAUGGUUGGAGAGGUGGUGUCCAACAGGGCAGACAUGGCCAUCGGUUCGCUCACCAUUAACGAGGAGAGGUCAGCGGUCGUUGAGUUCUCUGUUCCCUUUGUGGAGACCGGCAUCAGUGUAAUGGUUUCUCGUAGUAAUGGCACAGUUUCACCUUCUGCUUUCCUGGAGCCCUACAGCCCGGCGGUGUGGGUGAUGAUGUUUGUGAUGUGCCUGUCAGUGGUGGCUGUCACAGUUUUCAUCUUUGAGUUCUUCAGCCCCGUGGGAUACAACCGCAGUCUGCAGAGCGCCAAGAAGUCAGGUGGCUCCAAGUUCACCAUUGGGAAGUCGGUGUGGCUGCUGUGGGCUCUGGUUUUCAACAAUUCAGUGCCUGUGGAAAAUCCCAGAGGAACCACCAGCAAGAUUAUGGUGCUGGUCUGGGCCUUCUUUGCUGUCAUCUUUCUGGCCUCCUACACUGCCAACCUGGCUGCCUUCAUGAUCCAGGAGGAGUACAUCGAYACGGUGUCAGGGCUGUCAGAUAAGAAGUUCCAGCAGCCAACGGAGCAGUACCCACCACUGCGCUUUGGUACGGUGCCGAACGGCAGCACCGAAGAGAAYAUUCGCUCCAACUAUCCCAACAUGCACCAGUAUAUGAUUCGCAACAACCAGAAAGGGGUGGAGGAGGCCAUUGACAACCUGAAGACGGGAAAACUAGAUGCCUUCAUUUAUGACGCUGCGGUGCUGAACUAUAUGGCCAGGAAGGAYGAGGGCUGCAAGGUGAUGACCAUAGGUUCUGGGAAAGUGUUUGCCACUACAGGGUACGGCAUCGCUCUGCACAAGAACUCGCGCUGGAAACGGCCGCUGGACCUGGCUCUGCUGCAGCUGGUUGGAGAUGAUGAGAUCGAUAUGUUGGAACGCCUCUGGUUGUCUGGAAUCUGCCACAAUGAUAAAAUUGAGGUGAUGAGUAGUAAGCUGGACAUUGAUAACAUGGCAGGUGUUUUCUACAUGCUGCUGGUGGCCAUGGGCCUCAGUCUCCUGGUUUUUGCCUGGGAGCACCUGGUGUACUGGAAACUAAGACACUGUGUGAAAAGAUCUGGUGGGAUGGACUUUCUCCUGGCUCUCAGCAGGGGAAUGUAUAGUUGCUGUCAGUUUGAGGAUGAGACGGCACCAGGAGGGAGCAAAAGCUCCUUGCCCCAGUACCACACUGUGACUACCAUGCCCUCUGUCCCCCAACAGCACCUCGUUACAGCUACAGUCAACAACACGACUGCCAUUGCCAUGGUGCAACAGCAACAGCCGAAGCACCACCCACAGCAACAAGGGCAGACCUACACCACUAUGCUCCCUGGAUCACCACCAGCUACAGGACAUUCAGCAAUGGCUCUGGGUCCCUCAAACAGCCCUUUAUUGGAGGGCCCCAUGCCUUGUUCCACCUUUUUGCCUCGUCAUGACCGCAGACUGGCAGUGGUUGAUCGAUGGAACAGGCCAAAGCCAGAAAAGGUCAUGAGCGGAGGUAGCAGUGGAGGAGUAGGUGUUGGGGGGAUUGCAGGAGGGAUUACCGAUCUACAGUCGCAGCAGCAGUUUCAACAGAGCCUUGGAAUGCACUGGAGUCUACAAGGAGGAGUUACAGGUGGAGUAGGAGGUAGUGGCGACACAGGGCUUGAUGAAUAUAAGCGCUAUUAUGGUCCUAUAGAUCCAGAGGGGUUGGGGGCUAACUUGGACCAACAAGCAGGAGGCCCUCAGCAGACUCCCAAAACCAAUUCUCGAGGCUUUAAAGCCCCAGGGAUACCAAGGCUGCCUCCUAAAGGUCCUCAUCAAGGACAAGCCCACCUAAUCUCUAAGCCGCCUCCACCAAUCCCAUGCUCUCCACGACGGCCUCCAUUCUGGCGACGAGGAAGCCUUGUACAGACAAGGAGAAAGGGCUCAGGAGGUCCUCUAUAUGAGAAUAUACUCCCUCUAGGAAGACGGGGAGGUGGAAGAUACGGAGCAAGUGAUGGUGUUGGAAGAAGAGGACGUCGCCCCCCUCCUCCUCCUCUUCCAGUCCCCCUUUCUUCCCCAACACAUACCCCUACCACUCCCUCUUCCCCAUGCCGUUUCUACUCAUCCUGUUCCAGUGCCUCGUCCUCUUCCUCUUCCUCCUCCUCAUCUUCAUCAUCCUCUUCAUCCUCUGGGUCACUUUCUCGAUCCAACUCCCCAUCCUCUUGCACCAGUGACAGCUCCUAUAACUCUUCGCUAAGUUUCCGGUAUCGUGCGGGCGAUCGGGAUUUCACGGUAGAUGAUGAAUAUGACUCGGACCUUCUCACAGAGGAGUCCAGCCUUCUUCUAGGGUCACGGAAAAAGAUUCGCUCACGACGCAUGUCAUCGCGUUCACUGCCAUGCAGCCCCCCGCCUCCUCCAAUACCACCACGAAAACCACACCCGCAGAGAAAUUAUGGUAGAGAGAGAACCAGCAGUCAACUGGCCCAGUUGCAGGAGUGGUGGGCAUCAUGGGGUGACCGAGAGCGAGGAAGGGGAGGCAUGACAAACAAAGGAAAUGCAGCUUUGGGCAGAGAUGAGAAGAGACAUCACAAAGAGAGGGAGCGUGAGAGAAAAAGGAGGAAGAAAGGUCGGAAAAAGAAGAAACGAGAAGAGAGGGAGCGGGAACGAGAGCGAAAGCGACGUAAAGCAAAGAAGAAGAGGAAAAAAGAUGACAGGUUAAGGAAGAGAGAGCGCAAGAGAUCUGAGCUGGAAAGUGGAGAUCAAGAGAAAAGAGAGGAAGGUAAAUCAGAAAUGCCAGAAUUCCCACCAUACCCGCCUUCAAGGCGAGAGUCGUUUCGGAAAAAGAGUGAGAGCUCCAUCCGAAGCUAUGGAUGGAACAUUCCAGGUGAAGAGGAAAGAAAAGAAAGGGAGGAGAAUAAAAGGGAAGAUGGCGAAGAGAGCAGAGGAAAGGAUAGACACCACAGGCGAAGAAACAUCAAGCAUCACCAUAGCUCCGGUAAUAAGCCUUCUACAUCUGUUAAGUUCUGGGGUGGGGGCAAUCCUUCUGACAACAUUCCAUCUGCCUUUCUGCCCUUGCUACCCGUCUCUUCUAAAAGAAGAAAAAGUAAAAGUUCUGACAGAGAUGCUGUGUGCAUGGAAGGAGAGAGGAGGCCAUUGUUGGGACGGAAUGAACGUGGUGAAAUGCACUCGAAGGAAGGGCUAUCCUUUCAUGAGUGGGAGUCUGAAGUUGAGGGAAGAGAGGAAGAUUCUGAGUCAGAGAGGCGGAAAGCAGAUCAUGGAAAAAGGCACGGAGGAAGUAGGACUUUGUCAGAUGAGGAUCGAGAACGUGAUAAAGUAGUUGGGAUAUAUUCCGAUGAUGACGGUUCUUCAGGAGAAUUUGGGAAGUUUGAGAGAUACUGGGAGGAUCAUGAAGGUAGGGCAGUGGGUGGGAUUGGAGGAGGAGGUUGGUUUUUCAGCACGUAUCCCUCAAGGGACAAAGCGGGCACCAUCAACAGCAGAGACGAUCUCUUCCUAGAGAGAGGAGAAAGGUGGGGGACAGCAGAGACUGAGUGGGGUUCUAGUGCAGUUGGAGGUGGCGGUGGUGGAGGAGAUAGAGAGUGGGGGUCAGGUUCACACUGGCCCCCGCCGCCUCUCACGCCACCUCCUCCUCGAAGAUACUGGUCAGUGGACAAGCUUCACAUACAAGAUGAGAAGAAGACCAAACGCAAGUCUAAAGACAAGGGAAGGGGACACACAGCUUGUUCGACCUGUCAAUCCCCCCGACACCAUCCGCACUACGCUAAAUGGGCCCGUGUAACCUCACGAAGCCAGGAAGAGCUGUACCCCCACUGCCAGAAUUUUGGUGGUCCCUUAAAGCCAAAACAUGAUUCCACAUCAUCAUCCAAGCCUGACCGAUCGCAUAAUCCAUCGAAAUCUGGAAGCCAGUCAAACCUCAGCAUUCAGCAACGGACACAGAGAACAGACAGGGAUCGGGAUCGAGGAAGACCACCAUCCCCACCUUCUUCUCUCAUUCCAAACUUGCCAUCCCCACUCCCUGCCCUUCCAGCUCCUCCCUCCUCAGUUCACUCUAUCCACGUUCCUCCCCUCACAUCUUCUUCUUCUGUAUCUUCUCCCUCGGUGGUCUCGUCCACACCGGGGGCGCCCCAGGCCUCCUCAAUGGCUUCGGCAAGUGCCAAACUACAGUACCAGAGACUGCGCUCCGUACCCCAGCCCCAGAGGUUUCCUCAGUCUCCUCAUUUACCCCUUAAAGCCAAGAGCCUGUGCUCACGAAGAGGAUCAGCCCAUUUCUCCAGUGUGGAGAGUGAAGUCUGAGGUUGAGCAAGGUUUCACGAUUUAUAAGAAAGCCCUGCGAGGCUAAGAUUAGGGGGAGGACCUGCAAAUGUGGCUGCACAGCAACAAACAGGGCUACACAGCCAAGUCAGUACAGCUCUGAGCCCUUUUCCCUAAAGUUCUGCACAAACAAACCUGAAAGCCAAACAAACCCAGGGGAUUAUGUCAAGGGAACACAGGACUAUUCAUGUUUUUACUGUUGUUUCAUCAUAAAUCUACAAGUGUGUGAAAGACAAGAACUACAUCAAUGACUUUCUGAAAUGUGCUAAACAAAAAUAAAUCAAACUUCAAAAGUGGUACAAGUAACGGGGGCCUAAUCGCUUUUAAAAGUAAAGACUUUAUAAGGUCAGGAAGAAAGUUAGUGUUUUCAGAGAAACUUAAUUCUUGGUGAGGGCUCAGGAACUUUAUAGUACUUUAUGCCCACUGCUCUCGGAAGCCUUUAAACACAGUAAACUGUUUGUUUGCUUUGUUGUUCAUUUCUUCGUCCUUUUAAAAAUCUUAAUUUUCCUUUUCCUUGACAAACUGUUUACACCCCUGCAGAACUGUGACACCCACCUGAGGCAUCUUUCUUACAUAAUUAAUGCCUUCUUGGUUAGAGAGACAAGAGGGUGAUGACCACAUUUCUUCUUUUUUCUUUUGUAGAAAUUUUUACUUUGCUUCUUUUUAUUCACUUGAUUGUUUCUUUAUUCUGUACCUUUGUUAUUUUUUGGAUGUGCCUUUUGUUCCCCACUUCUUUACGUAAUUAUUUCUUUUUUUUAUUCCAUUUCUCUUGUCAUACCGUCCUGUUCUCCCCUCUUGGCUCCUCUCCUUGAUGUGAUUAUUCUGUAUGUCUGUGCUUUUCUGUGUUUGUAUUCUUGACAACAGGGUAAGUCAGCUGUGACUGAUAUUCUUCUGGCUUAAUGAAAAGCUGAGUGCCAAACUUAAGUAGAGUUCAACAUCAAGUCUAUAUAAUGUUAGCAGCUGUGUUUCUUUUUAUCUUGCAGAGUAUUACAUCAUUUCCAUAAUGCGCACGGACACAUGCUUAUAAAUGUGAAGACACACUAACACUCAUAUACAAGUUCAUGCAGGAAACAUUAACAAGUCAACUUAUCUACUCUCCUUCUUUAGCAAUACAUUAUCCAACCUUUGUGUUAGAGCUUUACACUUCAACACCAUGUCUUUCUUUUUGUGUCAUAUUUGUUGUUGCUAUUGAUGGUGUACUAUAUGUCAAGACAUGUAUUAAAUCAAAUACAAUGUAAUCACUGUGCCAUUCUCAAGCUUGGGUACACAAAUUGUUCUCUUAACUACCUAACAACAGAAAUGGAGGCAGUUUUUUUGUUCCCUGCCUGUAUUCAAAUGAAUGUAAAGUCAGCCGCCAACACGUGUGCUGCAACAUUUACUGUAAGACACUUGAAGAUGGGAUUUGUAGCAUUCUGGAGGGUUAAUUUGAUUUGCAUGUUUAGGAAAAGGGACAAAUAGCGUACACAUGUGAACUAAAUAAAAAAACCCACAUUUUAAGAGGGAAAGUGCAAUACAUGCUAAAGAAUUAGAACUACAGUGGAAUCAAACUGAUUUACCCUUUGUGUUUUGUUUAUUGUGACUCAUGCAAGAUGUAUAGUUAAUGCCAAGGCCAGGAAUAAAUUCAAAUUAUUUCCAAAACCUGUCAACCCAGGUUUGCUUACCAUCUGUUUAGUUUGUCAGGUGGGGUUUCACAAGGUGUUGGGGGGGGGGGGGUAGCCUUAUGCUAAUUGUUUUCGUCAUAUAUGAUGUGUUAAGUAUGAAUAUGAAGAUGAAACGGAUCAAACAAGGAUUUUAUUGGUUCAUAACUACAAUUAGUGCCAGAGCCGUUUUGAUGUCACUUGAAUUGUGCUUCUGUUGGUUGUAAGAAGAUUGAUGCAUUUUAGCUCUGAUUAAGAGAAACAUUUUUGUGUAUUUUUUUUACUUAGUUAAAAAAUGCAUUUCUUAUUUUCUAAAUGUGUUUAUUUUCUAAAUGUGUAACCAUGAGAUUAAGCAUUUUGAUUAUUGACCUGGCUGACACCAGCAGCUACACUUAAAUGCCAAGCACUUAGCAGGAAGUGAAAGUUUGAAAUCAAUUUUAAUUUAAAUCUGUUUGAAUUGAAUUUAUAGUCAAUUUAUUUAUUUUUUUGUAUGAGGAAACAGAGCCUAAGUGAAGUGUUGAAAACGAGAUUUUUUUUUUUUUUUAGUUGCUAAAAAUUCCUGAGCCAUUUUUCCCAAAAGUCUGGUCAGCUCAUGUUGAUCACCUGGAACUGCAUCUGAGCCAUAAUUUACUUUGAUGAAAACAAAAUAAAUAUUAAGUUUUUAACAAUAAAUUUGUCAUAUAGAGUUAGUCUUAUUUUCACUGAGAAAUAUAUAUAUUUCAUAUGUAUGUAUGUAUAUAUUUGUGGCAGUUGCUAACAUAAUAGAACAAUUUAAGUCUUAAUAAGACUGAGAUAUUUUAAAAAGAAAGUUCAAGUAAUUAUGGUGAAAUGCAUCAUUUUAAAUUCAAUUCAAAAAUACUUUAUUGAUCCCAGAGGGGAGUUAGGUAAAGGGUUACAAUCCCCUUUAAAAGACCUCAAAGUUGUUUGGCUUUGCACUUUACAAUUGACAAUUAAUUUGAAUUUAACUGAAAUGAGGAAAAGUAUUGUGCGAUAUGUUUUGAAGCAGUCACAGAGCAAGCAACUUUAUUUGCAUUCAACCAAUAAAAGGCCUUGACGCACUAGAAAAUCUUAGACAACUUGUGCCAACUUACUAAAAAAAAUGACUAAAUUACCAAUAAAAGUUGUUUUGAUCAAUUUGUAAUCAUUAAAUUGUCUAAAACAUAGUGCGACAGGGGCUUAACCCAAUUGUGCUUCAAAGUCGUUGCUGAAACACUACAAUACUGGUCAGCAAUACACAUAUGUAUUUGUACACAAGCUCAAUUGCACAACAGCUAGUGAUGGUGUGAACACAAAACAGACUUCUCUUUUCUUUUUAAAUAGGCCUCCACUCUUUUUUUCCUGUUUCUUCUUUUUCCUCAUGUCUAUCCAUUGUGCCCAUCUGUGUCUGCAAAUGUAAAACUGAUCUAUUAAAAAAAGAAUAUACGUGGCUAUAUUUAUUUCAUCUAAAAAAGAGCAUAUCUCUAUAUGUAUAUAUGAUAGUAUAUUUCAAGACUAUAAUAUAUGUUAUCUGAGUUUGUCUACUAAAUUUAUGGUAUUAUCUCAAUGAAAAUGUCUUUUUUCUGUCUGUCUUUCCUCGUCUCAAUCCUACUGCCCAGCUCCCUAAACCCAAGUGAAAACAGAGACCAGUACGAAAACUGUGUUUUUGCUCACUUCAGACCAACCAUCCGCCUCCAUUAGCUAUCUAACAUAGCUAAUGCUAAGAAUUCAACAUAGUGACAGAGGAGAGCGAGUGUCUUAUGACCGUGUCACUGUAGCAGUGGUGGUGUGUGUUUGUCUACCCAGAGGGGCCUUUUUUGAUUUGGGCUACAGAUUAUUAACAAGUCUUUUACGGAAACAGCAGCUUUUACCACACAACUCUCUCACAUGUAGGGGGGAGGGGGUCUUAUUCUGGAUCCUCAGAUCUGUGAGUUUAUACCAUAGUGGACAGUGAAGUGACCUCUUGAAAACACAAUGUAGCGAGCAGCACAGGCUUUUUUGCAUUUUUAGUAGCUGUAUGACAAUAAAAAAAGACAGAGAAAGAAGAAAAAAUGCACAGCCACCCCUGCCGACCAACCUGUAUGAUAUGUUUAAGGACUUUUUAUGUAUCUGCCAAGCUGCUGUGCUGUAAAACAAUAAAAAGGAAAAUCAAAACCA